AUGUAUUCAGCCUCCAUUGGCCGUACGACAAUCUCAGUCGAAUGUUAUCAACCAAAUAUAGAGAGAAUUAUUCGAACUGUGCAACUGGAAAAUGUUGCGAAUUAUGUGAUAUUAAUUGGAAAUGUAAUAUAUAUCGAAUCUGUUGGUACGAUUCGUUUUGAUGGGUUACUACCUAUUUUUAUCGAUCGUCAGAUUCAAAGUGCAAUAAUGAAAAUCGAUAUUCAAUCGUCUGAAGGUUUCUUAUGUGCAUCAGGCAGUCAGAUAUUUGAUUCAGCCAACAUUGUAUUUGUUCAAAUGGAAUGGGACGAUAUUAAAUGGCAAGCAGAUCAAGCCGAGUUUAUUAUUGAUUUUUUUAUAAGACGAAAUUAUGUGACAACAGCCACAGAUAAUUGUCAAAUAUUGAAUCAAACAAGGAAUAAUUACACAACAUGGGGAACACCACACGAUGUCUUUUGGAUAAAGUCCAGUCACUUACAUCUUUGUAACAUCUGA